CUCUUAAACAAAGCGCAACAGCGCCACCAUCUUAAUUUAUUAUUUCUCUCCCUCUCUCUUCUUCAUAACCUUUUCAUUUUCAUGGCUCCCCACUUUCUCUUCUCUCCCAUUUAACCCUUACCCCUAUCUAUUUAUCUUCUCUCCUUUCCUUUUAUCUUCUCUCUUUGGUUUAAACCUGGCUUCUUCCUCCACUUAGAGAGGUUUCUGCUUUUUUUCCUUUUUUUCUUUUUGCAUUUUUUAUUUCCUGGUCUCCCAUAGAAAUGGAGGAAGAAGCCUCACGACACUUAAUGGAGAUCAUCAUGAAGAGGAAGCUUCUUCUUCUGUGAAAAGACUUUAGCUUUCUAUCAUCUCUCUCCUCUAUUACUCAACUUCAGGCAACGUAGAAGAAUCAUCUGCUCAACUUUCUAUUCGGUGUUUUCUUCACCUGUGCCAUUAUUCGUCCUUGAAUAAGGACCCUGCUAGCUCCACCGAGGCUUCGGGGAUUUCUCUCCACCAUGGCAACCAAGAUUAAAGGGAUCUACAAGAGCUUCAAAUUUAUCUCCCAAAUAUUUGUUGUGAAAGAGAGAGAGAUGGAAAUUGGGUACCCUACAGAUGUUAAGCAUGUGGCACAUAUUGGGUGGGAUGGCUCAUCUGGCAGUGCACCCAGUUGGAUGAACGAAUUCAAACCUGGUCCUAAUUUUUCAUCAGCUUCUUUUGCUAACCCAAUAGAUUCCAGUUCUCUUUCUCUUUCAACAUGGUCCUCGCAAGAGUUUGAACAAACUUUGGGGCAACAAUCUGUGUCCGAAAUGUUCAAAGACGUACAACGCACGGAUCCUCCAACUCCUCCAAAGAAACAAAGGCGAAGAAAGAAGUCAAGUUCUUCUCCCGGUUAUUCAUCCUCCUCGAGAUCUUCAAGAUCAUCAAAACCAAAAUUUGCAGUCAACGAAGGGGAAGCAACAGAGAAUCGACAAACUCAGAAAUGGUAAAAAGAUGAUAAAUUUCCCUGCGUGCAUAGUAAAGAUUUUUGAGAAAUCUCCCUCUCACCGCUCAUGAUCUCUUGAGGAGAAGAUAAGUUUGAACGAUGAUCUAUCUAUCUUUAUAGGGCCAGAUAAGAUUUUAAACACCGGGUUGAAGCAUCAAAUUCAUCUAUAAGCUUAAGGCUGAAACUAAAAUAGGUGUUAGGUGAAAUUUUUUUGAUUUUAUAUGGAGGAAUAAACAGGGGAAUCAAUGGAGAGAGUUGGAUGAUUUGUUUGUCCAGGUGGGAAAAUUUUGCUUGAUUGUAAAGAAUGCUUCUUUUUCUGGUCCUUAAUUGAUAGUUGUUUUACAUCUCAAA